CCGUACACAAACGACUUUCUGCGCGCAGACAUCCAUGAGAUACUGUCUGGCGACCUCCUACAUCAAAUAAUCAAGCCCUUCAAGGAUCAUGGCGUGGACUGGACGAUCGAAUACCUCAAAAUCGCAUAUGGAGAGGCAAGAGCUGCAGAGAUCCUAGAUGAGAUUGACCGACGGAUUGCCGCGAUGCCGCCAUUUGCGGGCCUACGACAUUUCCACCAGGGACGUAACUUCAAGCAGUGGACGGGCGAUGAUUCCCGAGCCCUCAUGAAGGUCUGGCUGGCCGCAAUCAAAGGUCUUGUCCCGCGCGAGCUCGUCCGCAUGGCUCAUGAAUACCUCGAGUUCGCGUAUCGCAUUCGUCACCCUGUGCAGACCGACAAGAAGCUCGACGAAUGCGAGACGCACCUUGCCGAGUAUCAUCGCCAUCGCGAGUACCUCCGUCAUACAGGUGUCCCGCCUGACGGCUUCUCGAUUCCACGCCAGCACUCACAUGGGCACACACCCCGCCACACCUGGAAUUUCGGCGCUUUGUAUGGCCUGUGUACAUCACUUACCGAGAGCAAGCAUAUCAAGGCUGUGAAGGAACCCUGGCGGCGCUCCAACCGGUACCAUGCGCUCGGCCAGAUGUUAUUGACGAACCAGCGGCUCGACAAGCUCGCUGCAGCACGUGUCGACUUCACUGCGCGCGGCAUGCUUGACGGGACCUGUCUCUCUGAGGCUCUUACUGCGUCCAUGUCCCUCUCCCCGAGUCCUCCAAGCUCACCUCAGGUCGCAGGUGGUCCUCUUGACAAUCGUGACGAUGAAGACGAUGACGCGGGUGUAGUAGAAGGGCCUCCGAUAGAGGCUUUUGUCGUUUUAGCGCGUCAACGAGCUAAAGGUUAUCCAGGUACGCUGGCGGAACUGAGUACCCACAUCGAACGUCCUCAACUUCAGGACUGUGUCGCUCAGUUCCUUGCCAAGCAGUUGGGCAAAGAUCCCGACGACGACGCUGUACUCGCCGCCUACAGCAUCCCGAACCUACGAAUAUCGGUCUUCCCAUCUGCCAUCGCAACAUUCUACGCUCCGGCUGAUCCAUCGGGUGCUGGUGGUAUGCGGCGCGAACACAUCCGGGCGACACCAUCUUGGCGUUCAAGCGGCGCGCGGUAUGACUGUGCCUAUGUCGAGAAGGACUCCACGCAGGACGGCUUUCGGGGAUUGAGUGUCGUUCGGGUACACCUUCUUUUCUCAUUCAAAUUCAAUGGUGUGCCGUAUCCUUGUGCCCUUGUUGAGUGGUUCGAGCCCGUUGGUGAUGAACCUGAUGAGGACACAGGCAUGUGGAUAGUGGAGCCGGAGCUCGACAUCGACGCGAAGCGACCGUGCGAGGUCAUCCACUUAGAUACAAUAUUUCGCGCCGCUCAUUUAUUACCAGUCUUCGGCGAGGAUUUCAUUCCCUUUGGUUUUCGUGCACAGGACUCACUUGAUGCCUUCCGUGCAUACUUAGUUAGCAAAUUUGUAGACUAUCAUGCCCACGAACAUGUGUUUUAG